AUGAAAUACUAUAAUAGCCAUAAUGUGGAGACGGAAACCGGCCGAAGGAAAUGGCAAAGUGAGACUAUCCGAACGCUGCUUUCCCUUAUCAGACCCACGAAUCGAAAUGAUGCCGUGCCCGCCGAUCAAUUCAUCGGACCAGAGGCCGAGGGUGUGCUCCACCAAGCUCACCAAGCUGCGCAUCACAGUGCCGAAGGCAACUUGGGCGUUUCAUCGGCUACCCGGGAACACAUUGUCAUACAAAAUGCAUUUGGCGGAACACCUGCACGAUCGGGUCCAUUUGUCGACAUCUGUCUGGACCUUUUGCUUUGCGAGUCUGUACCUACAACGAGUCGAUACCAAUCGAAGCUUCUGGGAACGUCGACAAAAUGCGAAUUCUUUGCCUUUCAAAUCAACGGCGCCGUGGGCUUAUUGCUGAAAUUGAUCGGAAGCAUUGACCUUCUUGCACUGCUGAAGUGGGCAAAGAUCCCACAUCAAAGUGUGGAAGGCCAACGGGUUAUCUCAGCAGCAGGAAAGCUAAAGCACUUGACUUUACAUGCGGCAAUCUGUGCAGACUUGACUGGUUUCGGUGAAACAAAGCUGGUCUUACUUGCGGUCCAACUGUACAGCAUUCUGACCGAAUUCAAUAAGCCAUCAUUGUUGGUUGUGCCCUCUGCACUGGUUUCACAAUGGGCAGCGGAGAUCCAAAAAUACUGGCCAUACUUUCGCCCGAUUCUGUCCUAUGGUGGCGAGUCUGAGUGGGAAUCUCAUUUUGACACUAUCAAAUCCAAAGAGAUGGAGUCCAAAAGCUGGCCUGUGAGCUUGGCCGCAAUCAUGAGUGGAUCGGAUCCAAUGGCCAAGUCGGCGGUGAUCCUUACAUCAUAUGACACACACAUCCGCCGCACUGCAUACACGGAGCAAGUUCAAGUUCCGGGAGUACCGUUCGCGAAGCCCAGGUUUCACGAGGACGGAAGCCCUAAGUGGAAAAAGCGACCUCGCGUGAAGACAACAUGGAAGACAACCCACCAAAGGGUAUUUGGCCUACUUCUGGCCGAUGAGGCACACAAGGUCAAAAACCAACGAAGCGGGAUCUGGGCUGUACUGUACCAGCAACAGUACCAAACAAUUUUGCUGGCGACUGCAACGCCAAUGUACAACUCUACCAAGGACUUGGUGGGGCUGAUCGAGUUGCUCGGUGCCAGAGGGCGCAAGGACCUCGAGGAUUUCACUUCUGGCUCAGAUGACGAAAAGGCUAAGCAGAAGGAGCUCGCUGUCUGGGAAGCCCGGAGCCUAGUAUCCAAACUCGGCGAAUUCCCUGCGACUUCCCGACAUCGGUUAAUGUUACUGGAUGCUUCUAGUCUCAGGCAGAUCCUGAGAAAGAAAGACGACCUCCACGCUGAGGUGGCAGCAUACUUCAGCAUGGUUCUUGAUCUCACGGCGAUCCAGCGUGACACGGCCUCGGUGCUCGAUAUAGCACGGCCUUUUCCCGGCGGACCCCCGGAGAAUGCGGAGUAUCAGCUACAGCAUAGCAAGGCCGCAGACAAUUUAGUCCAGGCAACUGGUGUCGAUGCUGAUACCGCCACUAAGCUAGUGGUCGGGGGCAAGAGCUUGCGUACACUACCUAUCGCAAAUUGUUCAUCCGUCCUCGCCCGAAUGAAUGAGAAGCUGGAAUCGAUCAGUCGCAACACAUACGUUGCUUUCCUAGCAGAUUUGCGCACAAAGGUGCACGGGUCCCCCUGUUUGCGCGUUGCUCUCAACGAGAUUCUAGUCCGCAAGGUUUUGAAUCCCGUUAACCCUAACCGGUGGAACCAUCACCAGAAGUUGAUCGUGGUGGAGUCUCAGCCGGUCAAUGCCUGGUUCAUCGAGACGGUCUUGCGGACUCUGCUAAUUGGCGUGCGUUCGUUUCAUUCCGCGUUGAACGCACAGGAGCGAGAUACCCUAGUUGAAAGCUUCAAUGAUCCUAAGUCGGAUCUACGAGUGCUUGUCAUGACAUACGAUGUCGGCACAGUCGGGUUGAAUCUACAUGUUGCUUGUGACCGCAUUGUGCUGUCGAGUCCGGGCAAAAGCUGGGGGCAAGAGUCCCAAGCAAUCGGGCGAUGCCUCAGAGUGACUUCAGUUUACCCCGUGACCGCAAUACGAUGCUUCGUCCCCAACUCGCACGACCAGUAUCGCUUCGUCAAACAGGCAGCAAAGGCGAGCCUCCAAUUAGCUGUCAACUCCGAUCAGCAAACCAUCCAGAUGGUUCUUGUGAAGCUGCUUAAUAACCUCCAACCCCAAUUGGAUGCCUGCCAUGCCAGCCCGUAUGGGAAACAACUCCUAGAGCAGAAGCGCAAGGCGGACGAAGAGCGAAAAGCGGGACUUGUCGAAUUUCUGCAGCAACACCGUGAGGAAUGGGCAGAGGUGGCAAUGAACAAGCUCAAGGACGAAGCAGCGGGACUCGGUGGAUCCGAGAUUGAGCUUCCGAGGUGGGCUCGGCGAAAGGCCUUAGCCAAGGACCAUUAUAAGGAGAGCGCAGAAUCGGAUCGCGAGUCAGCCGAUCAAGAUUACGUUCCCGGUGCCGAGUCCGAACAAGAAUCUAAUGACGAGAAAUCCGAUUCCUCCAACCUAACUGAAGCCUCCGAAUCCGAGGAGGACUUAUUCGACACUAUCGACCUAAGCCAAUCCUUAAAGAAGGUGCUUAUGGUUAAAUUUAACACGCGGGAGUCGUGGAAAGACUUCGCAGAUCGCCAUCAGCCAGAUGAUAACACGAGACACUUGAUGGCAUUGCUACAACUGCCAGAGGGAAAGAAAUGGUCCACUGAGGAUCUAGAGGAGUCGGAAUACCUUCGCUUUGGUCUGCUUUUGCUCUACAACCACAGUCGUGGCAUCAAAACCCUACACCUGGGUUCUUCCAUCCACAUUAAGUACCUAGGCAUCCCGACCUCGGUGCGGGCAGCCAGCCGAGGUGAGGAGCAGAAGUUAAAGGGUCGAAAGCGAAAGGCGGCACGGGAAUUCCUCUCCAUGGGCCAGGGGGACAGAGGGGACCCAGCACGCUGA